AUGUUGUUUUUUUCACUCAGGAACUCUGUGCUUCCAGCAGUUAGCUGUCAACAGGCUGGGCAUGAAGUGAGGCUCAGACAACGACGCAGUACGUGGAAGUGAUAACAAUACAACGUUUUGUCACUGUCCUGUAAAACUGUUCAUAUCCAUUCAGUGGAUUUUGUAAUCCUGCUUGCUCGAGAGAUGAUGAACUCGGGACACGAUCAUUGAACACUAUGGACAUGUGAGACUUGACAUGAAUGCAGACGCUGAGGCGAUGCUGGAUUGAAUGGCACUGAGGAUACGAGGCUGUGACCCAGCAGGAGCGCUGCAAUGGCCAGCUGCCACAGUAGCCAUGCAGACACCGCCGAAGCUCCUCCUCCCUCAGCCUCACGGCCGCCAGCCAUGCCUAAGCUCCACGUCCAGGGCUCGCUGUCCCGGAAGUCCAUCACCAUCCACUUCUCGCCCCUGGGCGAGGAGGAGGAGGAGGAGGAGAAGGAGGAGGAGCUCUAUGGGGCAGUUGUGUCCUCUCCUCUUCCCCCUGCUGGACCCAUAAAGGACCCCCCAGGCAUUGUGACGGCCCUGGAGGCCAGCGAGGAUCUGAUCCUUGAUGGAGCCGGGUUGGACUCUGAGGCUCAGGCUGCAGUUCUGCCUAUGUUGUCCUCAACUGGUCCUCAAAGCUCCAUCACCUCCACGUUACCCUCUGAACUGAAAAUAUCCUUUCCUUCCCCUGCCACCACCUCCAAAUCCACUUCCUCCAAGUCUAGUGACAAACCUUUCUUCAGCCUGGUCAAGUCUCUAUCCUCUGACAUCAUUGAGCCUUCUGAAAAUGUCUCCAUCUCCCCCGCUGCCCCCACUUCCGUGCGCCACUGCCACCCGAUGAAAACCCUGGUCAAGUCACUCUCCUCUGACACCUCCCAGGAAUCCCCCCCUUCCUCCUCCUCCUCGCCCUACCGCCUUUCGGACUCCCGCCUCAACCUGCACCUCUUCAAGCAGUUCACCCAGUCCCGUGCCCCAGUAGGUGUCAUUGCCGGGGCUGACUCAAAGACUGCCCCCUCCUCGACGCUCACCUCCCCAGACAGCCGCAACUUCUUUAAGGCGUCCGUGGAGGCGAGCAUCGAGGACACUAAGCGCCGUUUCUCCGAGGCCAUCUACGAGCCUCUCCUGCUGUUCAAUAAGAUCAUGGAGGACAAGACUGGAGGCAUUGGCAGCAGUGCCUUUCGGUCCAAAGCGCUCUCGUCCAGUGCUUCGGAGCUCACCUGCCUGGCCUCCCUCAACAACGGCCAACCGGAGAGCAACAACAACUACAGCAUCAAGGAGGAGGAAACCGGGGAUGAAUGGGAGUCCGAGGGAACCGGAAACGGAGCCAGCUCUCCAAAUCCCACCUCUGACACCAGAAGUCCUAAAAUGUCUUCCACAUCUCUCAGCCUGGACAAUUGCUCCAUGUCAGCCCUGGCCAAGCUGGAGGACGAGGACUUCUGUAUCCUGUCUAGUGAGGACUUUGAGGAUAUCGAGGGGGAUUAUGGAGACACAACGGACGAUACAUGUAGCCAAGUCAGACUGCCGCCUAGUGGCAGUCCGGAACUAUGCAGUGAUGACAAGUCAGAGGGAGAAGAUCUGCCACCCAGCAUUCCACACUACACCCUGAUCAUCAUCACAGUGCUGGUCUACGGGUACUUCGUGUUGCCCCUGCCCACCUACGUUGGGGGUAUGCUGCUGGGAGUGGGACUAGGGUUCAUGCUAGCUAUCGCUGUGGUGUGGUUGGCUGGACCCAAGCCUUCUGGCAAUCGCACCAGACAUCCCAGACACCAGGGGAAGCUGAGGAACAUGGCCCAGCUGGGCAUCAAAGAGCCAAGCAUCUUCAAGGGCUGGAUGAACGAGAUAGUGAACUACGACCCGGAGACAUACCACGCCACUCUGACCCACUCUGUGUAUGUGAGACUGGAGGGCUCUAUCCUGCGCCUGUCCACACCCAACCGCAACAUCGCCCGGCGGGCCACCCAUAACGAACCCAAGCCCGACGUCACCUAUAUCAGCCAGAAGAUCUACGACCUCACUGACAGCAAGAUCUAUCUGGUGCCUCAGAGUCUGGCCAGGAAGCGUGUGUGGAACAAGAAGUACCCUAUCCGCAUCGAGCUGGCCAAGCAGGACGACUUCAUGUCCAAGGCAGAGGGCGACCACAGCGAAACCACACACGAGAGAACCACGGCCACAGGAGAGGCGACCGUGGGGACAGAGGAGGCCAAAAGGUCCGGUGGUCCUGAACUGACCCUGUACCUGUUUGGUCGGACGGGGAGGGAGAAGGAGGAGUGGCACCGGAGGAUCCUGUUGGCCUCCAAGCCCCCCAAGACAGGGAUGAAGAGAGUCACUGGUCUGCAGGGGAGUAAGACUGCCUUGAGCUCCCACAGCCGCAGCAGCAGCCGGAGCAGUCUGGACGAGGUGCUAGCGUCUCAGCCAAGGACCAGGGACUCAACAGCAGGCAUAGCAGCCAAGUCCCUACUGGACUACAGUGUCUACAUGGCCACCCUGGUGCCCCCCGAGACUGGCACUGCCACUGCCACGCCCAUCGCUGCCACUAGUCCCGUAGUCCAGAGUCCACAGAGUAGCCCUGGGUCGGGCAAGAAGUUGCAGAGCAGCAGCAGCUUUGACCCUGUCGUUUUGCUGGGGGAGGAGGAGCCUGUUGCCUGGGUGAACUCUGCGAUUGGCCGGGUGGCAUGGGACUUCCUGGGCGAGCCCUACUGGGCUGACGUGGUCUCCAAGAAGAUCCAGAUGAAACUCAGCAAGAUCCGGCUCCCCUACUUCAUGAACGAGCUGACCCUGACAGAGCUGGACAUGGGCGUGGCCACUCCCAGAAUCCUUGGCGCCUCCAAACCCUCAGUUGACCAUCAAGGCCUGUGGUUUGACUUGGAGAUUUCGUACAGCGGCUCCUUCCUGAUGACCCUGGAGACCAAGAUGAACCUGAUCAGACUGGGGAAGGACGGUGAUUGUAUGCGCUUCAGAGACAUCAGCAAGGAUGGGUACAGACCACGGACGUACUGCCUAGCUGACAGUGAUGAGGAGUCAUCCAGUGCUGGGUCCUCAGACGAAGAGGAUACUUCAGAGGUCACCAAUGACGUCCCUGGAGCAGAGGGACACAUAGGGGGCCGCCAGCCCAGUAAGAUCAUGCGCUUCGUGGACAAGAUCGCCAAGUCCAAGUACUUCCAGAAGGCCACCGAGACGGAGUUCAUCAAGAAGAAGAUGGAGGAGGUGUCCAACACGCCCCUGCUGCUCACCGUGGAGGUUCAGGAGCUCAGGGGCACGCUGGCCGUCAACAUCCCACCCCCGCCCACUGACAGGAUAUGGUAUGGUUUCAGGGGUCCACCCCACUUGGAGCUGAAGGCUCGGCCCAAACUGGGAGAGAGAGAGGUCACACUGGCCCACGUAACUGACUGGAUCGAGAAGAAAUUGGACCAGGAGUUUCAGAAAAUCUUUGUCAUGCCAAACAUGGAUGACCUGUGGCUGACCAUCAUGCACUCUGCCAUGGACCCCCGCUCUUUUGGAACGCCCUCCACCUCCACCGCCGAUACGACCCAGAGGGAAACGGAGCCUUCCGAAACAGAGGGGGGCGCCACUAACGGCAUAUGAAGGAUUGUUUACAGUAUUUGCCUGAAACGUGUGAAUUAGAAUGGGAGCCAGGGGGCUUUGAAGUAGUAUAAGGCCUAUUGGUGCAUAAGGACAUACAAAAAGACUUCUGUUACCACAUUGACAUUCCAAUAGCUCCAUACCCAAGGGUCUUUUUUGUCACUGGCAGAACAGGAUGACCUCAGUCAUCAGAUGAACUUUGACUUUUUAACAAGCUCACUGACCGAACGAGACAGUCAGUCAACCAACCAGGAAGGAGAAACACUAAAAAUAAAAACUCAAUUUCAGAAUGGCACAAAUGUAACAGUGAUACAACCUAGUGGUAUAGGUGGAGCGGUGUGGAGAGUUUUUGUGAGUUAUAAGGUUACACAGUGUCCUAUGAACACAUGGUUAUUUCGCAUUCGCCGUUCACCUUACGUCCUAGGUAGGAAACAACUUAUGUUUGGGGAUGCAAAUCAAGAGGGAGAAUGAAGUGAAAAGAAAUGGUUGAAUGAGACGCGCAACCUCUAGAUUAUACUUUUGUUAUUGUACGGGUAUGUCUGCAAGAGAGUGCAUGUGUGUGUGAAGCCUGACCCUAAAAGCAGGAGUGCAUACUUUUGACAAUGUCACAUGUAUUUUUUGCCAUAUGAUAUAAGACAUCUAAUGCCCCCUAUGCUUUGUCCAGGUGAACACGAAUAGUGUAUUCACUUGUGUUGUGACCCCACAUCGCUUACUGCUCGGGGUAGAAGUUCCCCUUUACCACAGGUCUAGAAUCAGAUUACCCCAAAUCCUAACCAUUUUGUGGAUGAGAAAAUGUCUGAGCCUAUAGCAGUGGUAAGGGGUAAGGUUCUACCUACAGUAUUCCCCUCUUAACUGUACACCACACCUCCUUUAUAUGCAAAUAAUCACUGUGUCCAUAUCUGUAUGGAAGCAGCUAUAUGAAGCCCUUUCCCUCAAUUUUCUCUGGAAGCCAAUGCUAUAGGGUUAGCCGUCAUUACCUAGGCAACACGUGUCUUUAAUUCACUAAUGCCUAUGCAAGUUCCUUGCUAACUAAGGACAUGGACAUGAGGUGAGCAAUGAGAAAAUAGUAUAUAUAUAUAUAUAUAUACAUCUCUGAAGAGGUGUACAUAAUGGGCCUAACACUUCUGUUGAAUGUAUGUAUGGCUGUAUUGACAUUGGACUGUUUUAUUGUUUGUUGUAUGGAAACUAUUCCUAACCAAUCACAUGGAUUAUGUUGAUUGGGGUAUGCCAAGUAUUGCACAACUAAAACAGAAGUUUUGAUUGAUGUUUUCCUUGUAAACACUAUUAAUGAAAUACUAUCAACAGACAUGUAUUGCAUAUUUGCAGUGCUAUUGUGUUAUGCUCUCUAGCAUGUACAAUACCCGUGGCACAUGUUGAGACCAUUCCUGUUGUACUCGGAACAACAGGUAUUCAUGUUUUUUUUUUCUCAAAUGAUGUAGGAAGUGUUAUGCAUUUUUUAAAUGUUGUUUUAUGUAUUUUCAAAUGGCCAUCAUCCACAGUUGCCAAUGCAUGGAAAUGAGCCCCCUUGCCAGACGUGCUAAAUGACACUUGGUAGAGUUAAACUAUAUGAUGUACUGUGCCCUUUGCCAAAACCAUCAUUAAUAUUCAAAUAAACUGUUAACUCAAACCAUAAUUGUAGUCUCAAAUCAUCACUAUUGAAGUCUGAAUCACCUCCUAUACUCUACUGUUAUGUUUUCUUCAUCUUGAGGUUACGUUUUAAAUGCACAGUUUUAGCAUUGGAUUUGUUUACAUGAAUUCCUAUUUGUCUUUCCAUUCGUUCCAUUUAUUUGUCAGGACACUAAAGCACUGUUGUAGAAUGUCAUUGAUGAAGGAAUAUCGUUUUUUAACUUUCCUUCUACUUCUAAUUUGGUUUCUUGUUUAAUUUUCGUUUUAGCGAUUAUUCAGUUAGUAAUAUUAUUAUUGGAACCCUUGAUAAAGAUGAGGCAAAAAUACUAAAAUAAAUGAUACAAAUACAGUGCUAUAUUGCAUGCAAUUUUAUGUUGAAAAUGUGAUUUAUUGUAUAUUAACACAAUUGCCCAGAGAAAGAGAUUUAGUUUCAAAAGUAAUAAGACAAUUCUCAAAAAGAUAGGUGUCAAAGUUAUUGGCACCCCUGUUUUCAGUACUCCAGCACCGUACCUUUGUGAGGAUAACAACACUGAGCCUUUAAAGAAAAAGAUUAGAGAACACAGUGGGAGGGAUCUUGGACCAUUCAUCCAUACAGAAUCUUUCCAUAUCCUUGUUAAGGGGAUGGUGCUAAGACUAUUGAAAACAGGGGUGCCAAUAAUUUUGACCCCUCUUUUUUAAAUAUAUAUAUAUGUGUGUGUGUGUGUGUUUAUUGUUUAGCAAAAUCUCGUUCUCUGAGCAAUUGUAUUAGUAUAAUAAAAUAGAAUUCCCCAGUUUUUUGGAGUGUACAAAAUAGCUCAGUAUUUGUAUUUAUUUUAUACAGUAUUUUUGCUCAUCUUCAUCAAGGGUGCCAAUAAUUAUGGACCUGAAUGUAGGUCUAGUACCAGGUUGGAAUUAGAAUGUUUUGUAAUGCUUUGUCUGCUUUCCUGAAAUACAAUGACAGAAUGAUGAUAUGAAUAGCACAUCAGAUUUAUAACAAUAAAGAGUUGAUGAUUCUGCAAAUAUAUGGCUUAUUUAGAUUUUUAAGGACAAAUUUGUUGAGCCUCAUCCAUGUCUACUGCUUGGCUGAAACUUGGUCUCUUAGUUGGUUGAGACCAAGUUUCCCUAAAGGAAGUGCUUUAAAAUAAUGCCUUUUUAUUUUUACAAAUGUUGAUUUAGCAGGCCUUGUUAUUUUCUGUUAUCGAUUUUGUAUGACUGAAUUGCAAUGAUAUUGUGGUACAAAUGAUAAAAAAGAUCAACUUGCUUUGUAAUUAUUUGCUCUUGAUUGAAAUAAAGAUUUUUUUUAAUAAACACA